CUCCGGUGCAAUACGAAUGAUUAGAAAAUUACAAAUGGCUUCCGUUUUCGACUUUUGGCUAUUCUAAUUCAUUAUUGGCAUGGUUUUCUAAUCAAGAGCUUCGUUUUCUCAAGACGAAAGUGUUAGAUCGUAAAGUCACUAGCAUAGUUGUCUCCCACAAUGGGCAUACAGGACCUUCAAACCUUUUUGGAGAAUGAGGGAGUUGGAGUGGAUUUGUUUCGUAUUGCUAGAAAUCAUCCCGGCGGGUUCCGGCUGGUGCUUGACGCAGAAGGGUGCUUAGAUCGCCUCUACGGCGGAUAUUUCUCAGAUUGGGCAUGUGGAGGUCAGUGGGCACGAUGUGUUCAGUUCCUCACAACAUUAGCACAAGCUCUUGCGGAACAUCAAGUGGCUCUGUGUGUGUGCUUUAAUGGUGCCCAUCCCACUCCACCAGCAGUUCCUCAACACUGGAUCCAGACUCAAACCAUGUACCGGCAGAGGGUCAACUCUGUAUUGCGACACAUUGUCACAAAAGGCACUCCACCACCGAAGGUCUGGUGGGUACCACCAAUGGGUCUACAUUCCUGCCUGAGGACUGCUCUGAGAUACCUCAAUAUUCCAAUUAUGGUAUCUUCUGAUGAUCAUUGCCAAGAAGUAGUUGGUCUAUGCCGUGAGAAAACAUAUGCUGGCCUAGUGGGUUGCUCUGGGGAAUACCUAGUGUUUCAGCCUCCAAGAUAUUUCAGUUCAUCACAACUGAAGCUUACAUACAGGUCAUCACUGGAGACAAAAGAGUAUAUGGUGCAUGAAUUGCCAAAAGUUCUGGAUGUCCCACAAGACCGUUUGUGUUUGAUGGCGGCCUUGCUGGGUGGAACCAUACUGUCUGAACAAAGUCUUACAGACUUUUACAAGCGAGUCGGAAUUACGUCGAAAAAGCAAGUGCCUCCAGAGACUCUGAUCAAGGCGGUGUGCCAGUUUGUACGUGAACUGCCUUCCGCCGACGUUGACGCCGCUUGCGUCGAACUAUUCGGCGAUCUCAACGAUCUCCGCGCUGCCAAACUCAAACAAGCUGUACAGUAUUAUCUCAACGGCACUAAAGAUGGCUUCCUCAAAUACAGGACUGCAUCUGGCCGCCGCCCGAAAAAUAAUAGAAAGAACCAGAAGCCCGAGUCAAGCCCACCAUCAACUUCAACGGACUUGGACACUACCAAGCUGGCGACAGAGUCGACUGAACAUGAGCAAAAAGGCUUGGAAGAUUACAAAUUGGCAACAGCAAACGCGUCAAUGAACGCGGACUUUAGCAUGGAGGAGCGAGGGCCGGACGUGAGCCAGAGCCUCGCGGCCGUGUCGCUCGAGGGCGGAGACGCCGGCGCCGCCAAGCCGCCUGCCGCCGUCGCCGCCGACGACAAUAAAAAGCCGCAACCGCCGGCCAAAGAGAGUCGGCAGAGCGUGAGCAAGAGUGCGUCGAGCGAGGACAACUGCCCCGCGGCGCCGGGCGAGGUGCUGCGCACGUGCGCGGAGCGGCACGCACGCGGCCUCAUGCACCCGCACAUGCUGGCCAUCCUCACGCACCGCCAGGUGGCGCUGCCCGUGCUCAUGGAGGACGACAACCACCGCGAGAUCCCCUCCAUACACCACUUCUUCCGACCCAUCCGACAGAACGUCUACGCUAUACUGUACAACAUGCAUCACCACCGGUUCAUGGCGCAGAAGGCUAAAGAGGAAGGCACAGCAAGCACAUCGGCCUCCGACCGCCCGUGCACCGUGCAGAUUGCAGAGUGGAUCUACUCGCGCGUCAAUUCCGGCAAAAGCCCGGAGAUUGUCCCGGGUGUCGUGCUAGAGUGGCCAGUGCCCACUGUGCAAAGGCUUUGGUUCGGAACUGCCCAAGACGAUAAAUGCCGCCGAAUGCGAGCUUUCCUAUCUUGCAUGCGCUCUGAUACACCUCUGAUGCUGAACACGUCUUAUGUGCCUCAACAUCUGCUGAUCUUAGCUACCGUAUUGAGAUUCAUCAUGACGUCCCAGAUACAAAUUCUGAGGCGUCAGGAAUUGGACGCAUUCUUGGCAACAGCUUUCUCCAGUGAUCUCAUGAACGCUCUCCAUCUUCAAGAGAUGAAUGUGAACGGCAUAAGCUCUCGCGGCGUGCAACUAGGCGCACUGGUAAUGGCGGGAGCGGAGGCGGCUCUGCUAGCCAACGACGCGUGCGGUGCACCAGUGCCGUGGCUCGUGGCCGCGCCCUGGCUCUACUUCGACGGCAAGUUGCUGCAACGCAACCUGCAACGCGCCACACACUGCAAGCAUCUCGCUCAGCUUUGUGACAAUCAUCUGGACACCGUCGUGAAGGUGGAACGCAUGCGCAAAGCCAUCUUGGAAGGUCUGGAAGUGGAGUUCGCGAUGCCGCCGCUGCCGCUGGUGGCAUCGCUAGGCGGCUGGGCGCGCGGCCGCGGGCGCGGCGCGCGGCUGGAGAUAGCCGGCGUCGUGGUGGGGCAGUGGGGCGGCGGCAGCUACCCCGCGCGCACCGCGCGCUACCCGCAAGUGAGCUACGUGGGCUACACGCCACCGGUGCGCAACGCAUACGGAUCUCGCGGCGCAUACCGCGGCGGGCGCGGUCGCGGGCGCGGGGCGCGCGGCGCCGCCGCCCCCCGCGCCCCGCGCCGCCAGCGCCGCGACGACGAGCCCGCCAAACCCGCCACGCUCUCUGUCAACGGCAAAACUGUGAGGCCGGAUGAGGUCAGCACUCAAGCUGAAGAAGGAAGCCCCCAUGAGGAUACUUCAGCUGCCGAUAAUGAUACUGAUGGAGCACAAGCUCAGAAAACGAAGACUGCUAAAAAUGCCAAGAAGAAUAUGGGAAAGGGCAAGAAGAAGAGCACCAACCAGAAGACUGAGGUAGCCCAGACGCUGGAGGCGAACGGGCCCCACGACAAGAAUAAGGUUACGGAGUCUAGCCAAAUAACUGAAAAGGAGCACAUUGGCCAAGGUGAUGCACCAGUUUCUAACUAACUGUUCUAGCUCUAAAGGUAACUUUGCGGUUUUUUCCCUCCCUUCAUUUUGACCUUUUAACAUUUUAUUAUUCUCUUGUUCUAGCUUUAGAAUGUUUAAAUAUACCUAGUACAUUUACCAGUUGUCAUUUUUUAUUUAGAGUAAAUUUUGAGGAAAGCUUGCCAUAACCAGAUAUUCAUAUACUUUAUGUUGCUAGUGAUAUUUACAACACUCUGGUGUAGAAAUCUAUUGCUGCAGUCCAAAAUAAUGUAGUAUUGUUUUGUGUUACGUUCACUAGCAUUAUUUGUCAAUAUCACUAAUAACGUUACUUUACUGCGGAAUCUUUAAAGUCUUGGGAAUAACAUUAAGAUCGUAAUUAUGUUAGCACGUAUCUGUGCGAGAUUGCAUAAUAGAUUUGUAAACAGAAGAAUAACCAAAUCAUUACACGUGGCAGAUUUGUUAUUGUCUGUAGGAUGUAAGGUAAGAUCAUUAAUCGCAAUAUAUGUAUACGUGCCUGAAGAUCUAAAAGACUUCCCAAUUUUGAGACUGAUUUUAUAUUAUGUUAAUUGACACUUAGAAGUGUUCAAUUAAUAUGUAAUAAAGACAAAUGACACCAACUUGAGACGUAAAUGUCUCGAUAAGCUCCUUAAUAAGACAAUCGUAAGCCUCUUUGGACAUUUUGUUUUGUGCUAAAAAGACAUCUAUGUGCAAGCCAAAAAAUGCUCGCAAAUAUAUAGCAAAUAACAUAGUGACCAAAGAGUUGGUUCUAAAACUUGAGGUAGUACAAUAAUAAUAUCUCUAAAAGGGUAACAAAGCCUCAAGGGAAACCACUAUUUGACAAGUGAUAAUUAGAAAAUAUAUAUUAAAAUGUUGAUUGUUAAGUCACAUUUGAUUGAAAAGUGAGAUGACUUAGUAAAUAAUAUGUUUUUGUUUGCAUAUAAAGUACUGAGUCAACGUUAUUUAUUUACACAUAGUAUAUUUACAAUUUACCAAAUCAUUAUUUUUUAUUUUUAAGCUUGGUUUGGCCUAUGGAAUCCCUGAGACGAGGUUAUUGUGAUGUCAGAAAGAGAAGCUUGGGAUGUUUUUGUCCUGGGCAAAGUAACAUAUUUGUGACAUUGUUGAUUACAUGGGUUAAACCAAAUGUUUUCAGACUUGUUUUUGGGAAUUCUUGAUAAAUAAUUUAGGCAAUAUUGAAUGCGCGCGAGAAUGUUAUUUUAACAUGCCAGAAGAUACUAUUUACCAAUUUGGCAAUAAACUCUAAUUUACUGGUUGAAAUGUAUCCUCUUACAUGUUAUGUGUGACGAUUGUUAUCCUACGAUUAUGUCCUGUACGAUGUCCGAGUCUCGUGGAGAUGUACCGAACACGCGUAUCAUACAUAAUCUUAGAAGGAAUGUUAAAAAUUUAGAAUAGAAAUUGCAUUUAUUGAAUGAAAGUUGGUGCUUUGUAAUUUUUGUAGGACUGCCUGAAACGAGUCUGAAACUAAUAGAUUUAAGUCUAACGAUAGACGUUUAAUGAAACUGAAGGAACAUUCGUAUGUUGACGCUCCCACAUCCUAUAGGGUAUUAUUUCGAUAGGGAAUCUUAGAUUUGUUAGUGAUAUAUUUAUAUGCAUUUUCGGGAAUCAACAUCGCGAAUGUUCUUCAAUUUAUAUGUAUUUUUGUAAAUUUGUUAUAUUGUUAUACUUAAAUUUAGCUGGAAUGACUAACAAGGAUAUUUGAGACAGUCUUGGUAAGAGACUCGGUUGGUGAUAAUACUGUCACAAUUAUCAACGAACCGAUACAUUCCAUGAUAACAUGAACAAUCUAUUAAUUGGACAGUUGACAUCAAUCGAGAAUGGAACUAAAUGAAGACUUUACAAUUUUUGGAAUGCUUGUACCCUGGCCAGAAGAUAGACAAUGUGAAUAUGUUGCUACAAUAACGUGAUUGAUUUUAACAAUCAGAUAAUGAUCAGAACUUGAGUGCAGAGCACACGUACACAUCGCAGCCACUGUGCUGUUCCAAGAGAAUAAUUGCCAAACAAAGUAUAUCGCAUCUGACUUCGUAAGAUGAGCCCGCGCCCUGUGCGCGAGGCGACGGAGCUGGGCCCCGCCCGCGCGGCCCGUGCGCGCCGCUGCGGUGACCGCCCGCUCCCAUUGCUAAUGUAUUCGCUAGCCGUCGCUGAGCGCGACUACACUUUAUAUUAUACAUUUAAACGUUUAUAUAUUAUUGCUUGCUUAUUAAUAAACACGAUGUGUAGCGUUUAGAAUUUUAACUUCAAUGUAUUUUGAUUUGUUUAAGAAUUAUGUGUAACAGCAAUAAAGCAUGUUAAUUAGAGGGAUAUGUGGAAUGUAAUAAGUUUCAAUUACUUACAUUUAUAUCCAGCGGCUCGUAACUGAAAGGCACUAUCUACCUAUAUAUACCAGCAUUACUUGUAUUGCAUAAUGGAUGUGUACUCUCAUAACAUAAUCAUGGGCUGCCUUUUAAGUUACACCGUAUUUGUUCUGCUUAAAGUAUACUUUGUCACACAUAAUUAAAAUGUAACAUUAGUGGUGAUUUAAAGAAGGAAGUAGAUUUUAUUUUUCUCUUUUAAACCCAUUAUUCACUAUAGUUUUAGAUUGUUCAACAAUAUACCUUUACUACAUUUUAUAAACUUGUUUGCUGACAAUUGUCAUUUAAAAUAUUGUCAACAUAAUAUAAUCAAAUUAUAUUAGAAUACUUGUCAUGUAUAACAUAAACAUUUUUCGUAAUUGAAGUAGCAAACGUGGAACUGUGGCUUUUUUGAAAACACUUAUAACUUAAGUACGUAAACCUGCAAUGUGAAAUUUUAAAAAGUUCAUUACUAUUUUAGUUUAUGAACACAAAAAAAUAUAUAUUGGAUGAAUUUAAAUUGUAAAGAGUUGUAUUUGUCUUCAAAUAAAACGUUCCAUCAUUA